AUGACUUCAAUGACUUCUGCCAUCUGGGACAGCUUUCGAUGUGGCUGCUAUGUUGUCGAGUGUCAGAACAAGCCAGUGCAGGAGUUGCGGGGAGAGACUAAUGCAGCUCCACAUUCAUACAGCGAAGGCGUUCCUAUAAAGUUGGCAUGA